AUGAUGAAUUUCCUUUUGCAUACAAUCCGAAUCAUAUAUCCACUAAUACAAUCCUUCAAAGUACUGAAGAAUAAGGAUAAGGAGGGACAACAAACUUUGUUAAAAUAUUGGUGCAUAAAUUGGAUGAUAUCGCUUUUAGAUAUUGUUCUUGAAAUAGUUUUGAAUGAUUUGCUAGUUGACAUAGUCUUAGUUUCAUUGGCAAUCGGAUUGAUUUAUAACAACUUUAAAUUUUCAGCUGCAAUAUUCAAUAACUCAAUCUAGCCCUUUAUAUACUAGCAUGAAAAGAAGAUAGAGCAAUUCUUCUCAUUCAUAGAUGACAAAGUCAAAAGCGUAUGGGAUAAAUCAUCAAACUCCAUUGAAAAUGCUGCAAAAGAGAAAAUCGGAGAGGUAGUUGCCGAUCAAUUUAAAAAAAAAUGAAUUCUGUUAUAUAUAGAAAUAU